AUGAGGGCCUAUCUUUGGUGUUGUGUUUUGGUAGCGGCGCUGGCUUAUGUCAGCUGCCGGGAGGUCUCCAGGGCAAAACGGGAUACCGACCUAGAAAGCGCCGCAAGCCAUCACGGAGGAAAAUGGGACAAAGGUGGUGGCCACGAGCAUCACGCGCAUCACCAUCACGAUCAUGGCGAGAAAGGGCACAAAGGCUACAAGGGUCACCACCAUCACGAACACGGCAAAAAAGGCCACCAUCACCACGAAGGCCAUAAAGGACAUCACGACGAACACGGUGGACAUAAGAAACAUCACCAUCACGAUGACGGACACCAUCAUGAGCACCAUCACGGCGAAAAGGGACACAAGGGUCACGGUCACCACGAAGAGGGUCACUACCACAAAGGACACUCCACUAAAGGACAUCACGGUGUACACAAACAUGAUGAAUUCAAGAAAGAGAAACAUUUCCAUGACCAUCAUCAUGAUGGGGGCCAUCAUGAGCACCACGGUGGACAUCAUGAAGAGCAUGGUCACAAGAAGGGUGGAGAAUUCCACAAGGGACACAAACACGGAGGACAUCACCACCACGAACACGGCAAGAAGGGUCACCAUGAAAAGGGAGGACAUCACCACGACCACAAGGACCACCACGAUGAAGGCGGUCAUCAUGAGCAUCAUCAUCAUCACCAUGAUCAUGGAAAGAAGGGAGGUCAUGAAGACCACAAGCACUGGGGUUACAAGAAGGGACAUAAAUAA